AUGAACUACCCACACAAAACGGAAGAAGAAGACCGGAUUAGAUGCGGCUCAGAAGUUGAUGUCGAAUUGCUUACCGAACUAUUCAAGAAGUUGGAAUAUGAAAUUUAUACCAACUGCUGCAUCACGGAUAUUCAGGAUAACAAAACGCUGGAGAAGCACAUAAGUGGCUAUAAAAAAAAUUUGGUCUCUUCAAAGGCUCACUCUGCUAUUAUAAUUUUCAUGGGCCACGGUCACAAUCACGAGAUAGAGUUAACCGGCAAAAAUCCAUCGAGUGGAGGAUCAAACUAUGCCAACAUUUACCACGACAUUGUUCAACCAUUUUCCAACAAAUCAUUUCCCAAAUUCGAAAAGAAACCGAAAGUGUUCAUUUUUGAAUCUUGCCAAAAUUUUGCCAUUUCGGAUUAUUCGGCGUGCCUAAAGAUGCAGAAUGACAUUCCAUCCGACAUCCUAAUCUGCUUGCCAGCUCUGCCCGGAUUUUCGGCUUAUCGAAACAAAACUCAAGGAUCGCUGUUCAUGCAUUACCUUGUAAAGAUUAUGAUGAACCAUGCUCACAAUAUGCAUAUGGUUGAGUUGAUGGGCAAGAUUCAAAAACAUAUAGCAGACGAGAUAUUGAAAUCAAAGUCGCAAGCGGUUUCAAUCUCACAUUGGGCGUCUUUUCUAUUUUCCAAAUUUUAUUUGCUACCACAGAAAAAUAAUGAUCUCCCAAAAUUGGUUGGACAAGACGAAGGAAUUGAAGAUAUGGACGAAACAUAA